AUGGAGAACCUGCAGUGGAAUUGUCUCCGCCUUACAUACUCCGGUGAAUCUAGAUCAGUUCGGCCAGUGACCAUCAAACAAUUAAACGAUGCCACCCAGGCAUUCCCCGAAGCCCCCUUCAAAAUAGAUAACGCCGAUAUCAAUCAAGUAUCCUUUGUGGGACAAGUUCGGAAUGUCAAUAAACUAGCCACACACAUCACGUACAAGCUAGACGACGGCACUGGAGAGACAGAUGUGAAAUAUUUCAUCCCUCCUGAAGAAAAAGAAGCGUUCGAUGAGCUUGAAGCCAUGGAUGUCAUGGCUAUGGAUGGUGGGGGUAGCAAUGCUGGUCCAGCUGCUGUGACAAACAAGUCUGGACGACCGAGAGCCCACCAGAUAACAACAAACGGAUACGCAAAGGUGUUUGCCAAUGUUAAAACAUUUAAUGACCGGCGGCAGGUUAACGCGGUGUUAAUCAGGCCCAUAACGAAUAUUAACGAGUACCAUGUUCAUUUCCUUGAGGCCACAGCAGUACAUCUCUAUUUUACCAAGGGCCCGCCACCGAAGGCAGGUGGUGCUUCUGGAGUGGGAGCCGGAACCGGGGGUGGUGCGAUGGAUAUGGGUGGCAGCAAUCUCUCCCUACCGCGAAUGUCACCGAUGGCACGAAAACUAUACGAUGCUCUCAGCAACAGCAAGCAGACCAAUGAGGGCAUGCAUGUGAAUGUCCUGGCGCCGAUAAUGCAGGUGAACGUAAAUGAAGUCUAUAAAGCUGCCGAGGAGCUCCUGGGACUCAGUGUGAUAUACCACACGGUAGAUGAGGACACCUGGAAGAUUCUUGACUGUUGA